UCAGGUUCGGUCGGUGUGUGAGGCUGCUGCUGUUCAUCACCACUGGAUACGAACAAGUACAAAAACCCAAAUCUGCGCUAUCGGGUUUGAAGCUUGAGUCGCAAACAUGUCUCGGGGAUCCAUUGAAAUCCCUCUGCGGGACACAGAUGAGGUUAUCGAGCUCGACUUUGACCAGCUACCUGAAGGAGAUGAAGUCAUCAGUAUCCUCAAGCAGGAGCACACGCAGCUGCACAUAUGGAUCGCACUCGCUCUGGAGUACUACAAACAAGGCAAGACAGAAGAUUUUGUCAAGCUGCUGGAGGCGGCGCGCAUCGACGGAAACCUGGAUUACAGAGACCAUGAGAAAGACCAGAUGACCUGUUUGGACACACUAGCAGCUUAUUAUGUCCAACAGGCUCGGAAAGAGAAGAACAAGGAUGCCAAAAAGGAUCUCAUCAACCAGUCCACUCUUCUGUACACCAUGGCUGAUAAGAUCAUCAUGUACGAUCAGAACCAUCUUUUGGGGAGAGCUUGCUUUUGUCUUCUUGAAGGAGAUAAAAUGGAUCAGGCAGACGCUCAGUUUCAGUUUGUACUGAACCAGUCAACCAACAACAUCCCUGCACUCCUGGGUAAAGCGUGCAUCUCUUUCAACAAAAAGGAUUACAGAGGAGCUCUAGCCUACUACAAAAAAGCUCUUCGCACUAACCCUGGCUGUCCAGCUGAGGUGAGGCUAGGCAUGGGCCACUGCUUUGUCAAGCUCAACAAACUGGAGAAAGCUCGCUUGGCAUUUGGAAGAGCUCUGGAGCUCAACUCCAAAUGUGUAGGAGCACUGGUGGGUUUGGCUGUGCUGGAGCUCAACAACAAAGAGGCCGACUCCAUCAAGAACGGCGUCCAGCUGCUCUCCAGAGCCUACACCAUUGACCCCAGCAACCCAAUGGUGCUCAAUCACCUGGCCAAUCAUUUCUUCUUCAAAAAGGAUUACAGUAAAGUGCAGCAUUUGGCUCUUCAUGCGUUUCACAACACAGAGGUGGAGGCGAUGCAGGCAGAGAGCUGCUAUCAGUUAGCACGUUCUUUCCAUGUACAGGAGGACUAUGACCAAGCGUUCCAGUAUUACUAUCAGGCCACUCAGUUUGCUUCAUCCACUUUUGUACUGCCAUUCUUUGGUCUGGGUCAGAUGUAUGUUUACCGUAGAGACAAGGAGAAUGCCGCGCAGUGCUUUGAAAAGGUUCUGAAGGCUUAUCCCAACAAUUACGAAACCAUGAAGAUCCUUGGGUCACUAUACGCCACAUCAGAUGACCAGGAGAAGAGAGAUAUUGCUAAAGAACAUCUGAAAAAAGUCACAGUACAAUAUUCUGAUGAUGUGGAAGCCUGGAUUGAGCUUGCCCAAAUUUUGGAGCAAACAGACAUUCAGGGUGCUCUUUCUGCAUACGGCACUGCCACUCGCAUCCUUCAGGAGAAGGUCCAAGCUGAUGUUCCCCCUGAGAUCCUUAAUAAUUUAGGGGCUUUACACUUCAGAUUGGGAAACCUGGGUGAGGCCAAGAAAUACUUUCUGGCUUCUUUGGAGAGAGCAAAAGCUGAGGGUGAGCACGAUGAGCAUUAUUACAACGCCAUCUCUGUCACAACCUCUUAUAACCUGGCCAGACUCUACGAGGCCAUGUGUGAGUUUCACGAGGCUGAGAAACUCUACAAGAACAUCCUCAGAGAGCAUCCCAACUACGUGGACUGUUACUUGCGCCUCGGGGCGAUGGCACGUGAUAAGGGAAAUUUCUAUGAAGCUUCAGACUGGUUUAAAGAAGCGCUUCAGAUCAACCAGGAUCACCCUGAUGCCUGGUCGCUGAUUGGCAACCUUCACUUGGCAAAACAGGAGUGGGGUCCCGGCCAGAAGAAGUUUGAACGUAUCCUCAAACAGCCCUCAACUCAGAAUGACACUUACUCUAUGCUGGCGCUGGGAAACGUAUGGCUUCAGACGCUGCAUCAGCCCACCAGAGACCGGGAAAAGGAAAAGCGUCACCAGGAUCGAGCGUUGGCGAUCUACAAACAAGUUCUGCGGAAUGACUCCAAAAAUCUAUAUGCUGCCAAUGGCAUAGGUGCUGUGUUGGCACAUAAAGGUUAUUUCCGAGAGGCGCGAGACGUCUUUGCUCAGGUCAGAGAAGCCACAGCAGAGAUCAGUGAUGUCUGGCUCAAUCUGGCACACAUCUAUGUGGAGCAGAAGCAGUACAUCAGUGCUGUGCAGAUGUAUGAAAACUGCUUGAAGAAGUUCUACAAGUAUCAGAACACAGAAGUGCUGCUGUAUUUGGCCCGAGCGCUCUUCAAAUGUGGAAAACUGCAGGAGUGCAAACAGACUCUUCUGAGGGCUCGUCAUGUGGCUCCAAAUGACACCGUGCUGAUGUUUAAUGUAGCUCUGGUGCUGCAGAGAUUGGCCACGCUGGUGCUGAAGGAUGAGAAGAGUAACCUGAAGGCUGUGUUGAGUGCUGUUAAAGAGCUGGAAUUGGCUCACAGGUACUUCAGUUAUCUCAGCAAAUCUGGAGACAAAAUGAGGUUUGACCUCGCGCUGGCAGCAAGUGAAGCAAGGCAGUGCUCUGACCUGUUAAGCCAGGCUCAGUACCAUGUAGCUCGAGCUCGUAAACAAGACGAGGAGGAGAAGGAGCACCGAGCCAAGCAGGAGCAGGAGCGAGACCUGCUGCGGCAGCAGAUAAUGAAGGAGCAGGAGGAGAGGAAGAGCCGCGAGGCCGAGGAGCAGAAGAAGCUGUUGGAGCAGAGAGCGCAGUACGUGGAGAGAACCAGAAACCUGCUUAACUUUGAGGGAAUGAAAGAAGCCUCAAAGGACAAGAAGAAAGGAGGCGGCGGACGGCGCAAGAAAGGAGGCGACUUUGAUGAAUUUGUCAACGAUGACUCUGAUGAGGAUCUGCCUAUCAAGAAGAAGAAGAAGAGGAGGACUGAGAGCGGCAGUGAGGUUGAGGAUGGAGGAGAAGAGGGAGAGAAGAAACCAAGAAACAAGAAAAGGAGGAGACCAAAUAAAAGAGAGGACGAUGGUUCAGAUGAUGAGGAAGGAGGAUCAAGGCCUAAAAAGCAGCGCAAACCCAGAGAGCGCAAGAAGAUUGAGAAGCCCAAGCCAGAGCGCAUGCCACCUUCACUUAAAGGAAAGAUCAAGUCUAAAGCCAUCAUUUCAUCCUCUGAUUCCUCUUCUGAUGAGGACGGCUUGAAAAUAGCAGAAGACAGAAACGCCAGAGACAGCGGCUCCGGUUCUGAUGACGAGGAAGCCCCCAGGAAACGCAUCGUCUCUGACAGCGAUUCAAAUGAAGACCGGAAUCAGUCAGGCAGUGAGGCGGGCAGCCCUCCCCAGCGCUCCGCAAACUCAGACGACGAGUCCGGCAGCGAACGGCCCGUGAAGAGGAGGAGACCACGGCCACAGUCUGAUUCAGAGCAGUCUGACAACGAGAGCAAGAAGAGCCGCUCUGACGCCUCUGAUGACGAAUCUCCUGCCGGGUCUCCGGCCGCCGCUGCAUCUGACCGCGGGUCCGAGAACGAAGGCUCUCCACAGAGGUCUGAUAAUGACUCCGGGUCCAACAACGAGGCCUCCAACAGGGGAUCCGAUGAGGACAGUGACUAAAUUCAGGACAAAGAAAACAGAAAAUUCUUGUAAUGGUCGGAUCGUAGCGUAUGUAGUCGUGUGUCUUCUCGAAUUAUGUUUCCGGAGUUUUUUUUGUUGUUGUUUUAUUUUUCCAACGAGAACGUUUUCUUUUGUCGUUCAGUCUUUUGAGUAUAAAAUGAAACGCUUUCUGUUGAUUAUCACAGCUUCUAAUGCGCUCUGUGGUCUUAAAGGGACAAUCACACCCUGUGGUUCAGAGUUGGUGUACAAUAUGAAAUAACCUUUGAAUAAAAUAUUUUGAAACA